GGGAAAUCGUCGCCCAAAGGCUUCUCGUAAGGCACCGUACACGAUUCGGCCCGCCCGCGAUAAAAAUAUCGCCGAUACAUCAAAAUACGCUGAUUCUUCGAGUUCUCCGAAUUCUGGCCUUGCCGCUGCGAUAAUUGAAGUUAUCAUAACCGGGUUCCAGGACUCUCGAAAGCAACUGCGAAUGAAGAAUCAAGGUCUAUAAUCAUGGCCGCCGAAGAAGUGACGAGGCCCCGAAUUGUUCUGAUCUCUCUCAACUGGCAACCAUAUUUCGAUGAAGCGUAUGGCUCCCUGCUCACGGAGCUCGGAUCGAAGGCGAGCCUCCAACGCGCAAAGAAGACAGGCUCAGCCAUCCGCCUGCUGUCAGAACAGCCGCAACCCUACGCUGCCCUCAUAACUGACGAGGCACUAACCAACGCCAAGAACGCCCGCGUCUGGGAGGCAGUCCUACAGUAUGUGCGCCAAGGGGGAACAUCCGUGAUCAUGGGUCUUUUCGCUUCCUACGUCAAGCCGAUGGCGAUAAAGCCAUUCUUUGCAAAGGCGGGCUUGCAGUGGGAGGUUGGCUCGUACCACCGGACGACACUUGUGCUCAACCGAGAGGUGGUGGCCAACGACUUGGCCACAAAGCUUCCGCCGCAAUAUAGCCAAAAGGCAGUAUUUGUGAAGAAUGUAGCGUUUACGGAUGCAUGGUAUCACACGGAUGAAAACUCCGUCGUCGAGUCUCGGGUCUUUGCUCCUACGAAUGCGAACAUCGCGGGAGAGACAGCGGUUGCGCUUGCGAGUAUUGGACGUGGGAAGCUUAGGUAUGUUGGUGACGUGAACACUGAGAAGGGCUCGUUUGCUGUUAUCCUUGCCAUGUGUGGGCUCUAACAACGGCGGAGCGUAGUCGCACUGGUAAUGAUGGCUUUAGUGGCUGGGAAUUGAGAGAUCAAGCUCUGCGAAAAGGGGGUGAGACGUCGAUCCGUCCUUCGAUGCCCGCGUAACAUUGUAAUAUUCUACCUAAAGGCGAUGUUGCGAAAUUCUCUGAAGAUGUGAACAAGUAACUACUAUACUCUGCUGUGAUGUGCUGUGCGUGACCGUCGUCGAUUUUA